AUUUAAGGUUUCCCUCUGGCAACAAAUAGCAUCAGUUGAGCAACAACUUUUCACAGGAUAACAACAUUGUGGUUAUUUGAACAAAUAUAAUUUGAAUUAUUGUGAUAAAGUUUAUUUAAGAAAAGGACAUCAAAUACAAAAUGAGUGAUAUUUACGAUUAUGCCUAUAUGCACGUUAUGCGCCAUCAAGUGGAAGUUAAUAAAUAUACCUCGGCUCCCAUAGAUGAUUCCUCAGCAGAAAAUCUAGUCAAUACCGAGGAUUUUACACCACGAGAUCUGCAAUUGUUUAUGGACAGUCUGGAGACUAUUACACGCCUGGAAAAGGCUAAAUAUGAACGCCGUCAAAGACGUAAAAUUCAAAGUCAUCAGGAAUCCUUUGAAUAUUCAAAAAAGAUCAUCACUUGCUUAGAUUCUUCGCUGGUGGGCUCAUCAUUGGCCGAUGAAGAUGACAAGAGUACUUAUACUUCUGAAUCUGAUUAUAUCUAUGAUGAAACUUACUUCGGCUUGAGCUCUCAAGGCACCAGUAAUGCCACCUAUAGCAAUCUAACAGUGGACUCUCUCAAAUCAUUUUCCUCCGACUCAGAAGAAUCCGGUGUAUUCCUUAACAAUACCCAAGAUGAUCAUCUGUAUGAAAACAUAGAUCCCAUACGGCCACGAUCAAAAGUAAUUUCUCAUCCUAAAUGUAAAUCUCUCAAAUCCCGUCUCAUCUCUUUAAUAAUGAAAAAACAAUAUGUACAACCUGAAACCCCUGCCGUGGACUUGCUCUCCUCUACCACUUACGGUGAGGACAGUGAAGAAGCCGAAAUUUAUGAUCGUGUCUUAGACGAUGUCAUACAGCACCAAUUCACCAAAAAUCCCAAAAAGGGCAAGAGAAAAUAUCGCUCCUCAUCGAAAAAAACAAUCCGAAACUGUUAGCGCUGAAGAAAAGUUCUUGGAUAAAGCUAUGCGUUUCUUAACUUUAUGAAAGUUUAAGUAACGAGAGAACAGCAUACCUCUAGAUC